CCCCGCACCUCCGCCUGGCGCGAGACUGGCGGCCCGGGGCGUGCCCAGGCCCCGGGACCGGCGGGCGCACCCCUCCCUCCGCGCGGGCUCCGGUUUCCUGGCUGGCACAGCGCGUCCCGUGCUACCUGUUGGGGCGAAGCAAACCCAAACCCUCGGGCGGGCGAGCCGCCGGGGCCGGGGCCGGGGCAGCAGGCCCGAGAGCCCGGCACGGCGCCCGGGCGGCCCGCGGACGCCGCAGCCUCCUCGCCGGUAGCCAGAUUGCCGUUUUCCGGCCCGGCACUCGGUCCGCAGCCGGAGAGUCACUGAGGGAUGAGGACGCCACAGCCCGGCGGACCGCACUUUCUGCUCUCGUGGCCCCGAGCGCGCGGCGCCCAGGAGCCGGGCCGAGCCUGACGCCCUGUCGUCUCCCCUCGCGCACGGGGCUCUGCGAGUGACCCGACCGGCCGGCCCCUUGCUGCAUGGAGCGGCUGCAGAAGCAACCACUUACCUCCCCUGGGAGCGUCAGCUCCUCCCGAGGCUCCAGUGUUCCCGGCUCUCCCUCCAGCAUCGUGGCCAAGAUGGACAAUCAAGUGCUGGGCUACAAGGACUUGGCUGCCAUCCCCAAGGACAAGGCCAUCCUGGACAUCGAGCGGCCUGACCUCAUGAUCUAUGAGCCCCACUUUACCUAUUCUGUCCUGGAACACGUGGAGCUGCCCAGAAGCCGGGAGCGCUCACUGUCACCCAAAUCCACAUCCCCCCCACCAUCCCCAGAGGUGUGGGCGGAGAGCCGGUCCCCUGGAACCAUCUCUCAGGCUUCAGCCCCAAGAACCACCGGGACCCCCCGGACCCCCCUACCCCAUUUCCACCAUCCUGAGACCACCCGCCCGGAUUCCAACAUCUACAAGAAGCCACCUAUCUACAAGCAGAGAGAGUCCACGGGAGGCAGCCCUCAGAGCAAGCACCUCAUCGAGGACCUCAUCAUCGAGUCCUCCAAGUUCCCUGCAGCCCAGCCGCCUGACCCCAACCAGCCCGCCAAGAUUGAAACCGACUAUUGGCCAUGCCCCCCGUCGCUGGCAGUCGUGGAGACAGAAUGGAGGAAACGGAAGGCAUCUCGGAGGGGGGCAGAGGAAGAGGAAGAGGAGGAAGAUGAUGACUCCGGGGAGGAGAUGAAGGCUCUCAGGGAGCGUCAGCGAGAGGAACUCAGUAAGGUUACUUCCAACUUGGGAAAGAUGAUCUUGAAAGAAGAGAUGGAAAAGUCAUUGCCUAUCCGGAGGAAAACCCGCUCUCUGCCCGACCGGACACCCUUUCAUACCUCCUUGCAUGCAGGCACAUCGAAGUCGUCUUCUCUCCCCGCCUAUGGCAGGACCACGCUGAGCCGGCUACAGUCCACAGACUUCAGCCCCUCUGGGAGUGAGACUGGAAGCCCAGGCCUGCAGGUGAGUGCCUUCUGGAGGGAACACACCGAGCAGCAGAAGACAUGGACGGAUCUUUCCCUACGAAAUGCUGGUGGUGACCAACAAGGGGAGAACCAAGUUGCCUCCCGGUGUGGAUCGGAUGAGGCUUGAGAGACACCUGUCAGCCGAGGACUUCUCAAGGGUAUUCUCUAUGUCUCCUGAAGAGUUUAGCAAGCUGGCCCUGUGGAAGCGGAAUGAACUCAAGAAAAAGGCUUCUCUCUUCUGACCCCCCCCCCCCGCAACUCCAUGACUGACGCUCUCCCCUUCUGCUUCAGGGCUCUGGAGCUGGGGCCACUAGACCCCAAAGCAUCAUCUCUUCGGGGAGCAGGGCGGGGGGACGGAGGUAGAGUUGGCUCCAUUCCCCAGGUGAGGGGGAGCCAAGACCUCUGCAGUGCUGGGGCUGUGGGACAUGAACUUGCUUCCCCACAAGGAGCCAGGGGCCCCCUUCCCUCCUCCCUGGUCCUCACCGCACAGGGCAAACCCAGUCUGGAGCCCAGCACACACAGAGAUAAUGUUUGCACCCUCUCCCCACCCCACCCCCACAGGAAGGUCCCCAUAAGAGAGUGACGAGAAAGGAAGGCAGCACUUAGUGGUCAGGCAUGUUGGCGUCUUGACCAAUGGGUGGGUAGAACCCUCGGGCCUGCUAGGAAGAGGGUGAGGGUGGGAAGCCGCCAGGCAGGCAGGGAGAGCCGCAGGACUCUGUGCACCCAAGCACGCCUCCUCACCUCACCUUGGACAGCUUCCCCUGCACCGGGGCCUCUGGCUUCCCUGACUCUUAGCAGGAGCAGCUUGAGCUCAGCCUCUAGCAACGAGGUCACCCUGUCCUCCAGCUCACCAUGUUCUCUCCUCGUGACUCCUAAGCUUCAAAGCCUCUUGCUCCAGCCCUGUGGCUUCCCUAGAAGCCUUGGCUUAGAGUGGAGAUGUUGCAGAACCCUGGCCCACCGUCAGCCUCCAGGCAAAGUCAGCUAGACUUCUAGCACCCAGGUCCUGGCUAGAACCAGGACCUUGGACGGGAUCAAGAGGCCAGGCUGAGUGUCCUGGCUACCAGGUCCUGCCCAUACCCCUGCAUCCCCACCACGCUGUCUAAAGAAUGUAAUUUAUUGGGGCACCCCCCAGCUGCUUUCUCUCCUGACUCUCUGCCCUACCUUAAUCACACUCCCAGCUUCUCUUCUCUACAGAUACAUAUGUGUAUAUAAUUAUAUAUAUAUUUUUGCCUGGGUCUGGGUUUUGUUCCUGCCCAGACCCUGGCAUCCCUUUCCAGUGUGUGUGUGUGAGCUAAUGCUGUGGGAGGGGGACUCCGCUUGGAAUUAAAAGGUUGCAUUGGGUCCCCAAA